AUUUCUCUUCGACGCUCGUCCCGACGCAGACGUCCGCCGGUGUACAUUUCGAAGCGCUUUUCGCGGGGAAAUUCGAGAUAUCGAAACUAUAUAGUUUUUACUGGAUUUAUUAACGUUUAUAAUAUGAGAUUAUUAACAUAAAUUGACACUACAGUGAUGUGAUUUAGUUGAGCUGGAAAUAUGAACACACUGUGGGUUUUAGAAGUGAUUUUUAUAUCUAUUUUAUUUGGAGAAGUUUUGUGCCUAAAAAACGUCCUGUUGACAAUCAAUCCUCGAGUGGUGCAACGGGGAUCAAGUUCUACGCUACACUGUUCUUAUCAUCUCCAAGACGAAGCGUUAUAUUCAGUAAAAUGGUAUAGAGGGCGUUACGAAUUCUACCGCUUCACGCCUAGCGAAGAACCCAACAGCAAAAAAAUUUUUAGUUUCAAAGGAAUAAAUGUAGAUAAAAGCGCAUCGACUUCACAACAAGUCGUUCUUCGCGAUAUCGAUUUCAAUUUAUCUGGAAACUUCACGUGUGAAGUAACAACAGAUGCUUCACAUCCAACAACUGGAUUCGAUACGAAAGCUAUGUUAGUAGUUCAAAUACCCGAGUUUUCUCCAACAAUUAGCGUGUCUGGUGAACCGUUAGACUACGGGGAUAUAUUAAGGGCUAAUUGUUCCUGUUCACCCUCACGUCCAAAAACAGAAUUGACAUUUCUACUUAAUAAUCAAACGGUAGCUAAGAGCGAACCUUUACAACCCCACCAAUACCACGAAUACGCGUGGAGCGAUCUCCAUUUAGAAAUCCAAUUGGAGGAACAACAUUUCGACGAUGGUAGAUUGAUACUCCGAUGCGUCGCCGUCAUCGAAAGUGUUUAUCACAAAGAGGCUGUGCUCAAAUUAGGAAGUGUACGUGAUCCCGUCCCAGAAAGAGUUAGUGCGUACAAUAAAGCGACCGCAACUUCACAUCUUCUCAAAUUACAUACAGUGGCGAUUGUCAAUAUUUUAUUAUUAGCUUUAAGUUAAAAUGAUUCAAUAAAAAUGUCGAGGUGAUUCUUCAACUGUGUUUUCUAAUAUAGAUCUGAAAGGUAUUCACUUCAUCUGUACGUAGAAAUAAUCCAUUCGAGUCCUGAAAGACUAAAUAAAUUUGUGUUUAUUGUCAACAAUUGUCAGGGAAAAUUGUUUGGAAAGUGAAGUAAAUCAAAAAAUUUGUCUAAGCGUAUUUUCCAUGCAAACAUGGUUUAACAGUAGUCUUGGUGAACAGGAAAUAAGUACAAAGGCGGUUUGAUGCUAUUCCAGUAUCUUUUCAACGAGUAGACAAGAUUCUAGAAAGUCCUCGAACAGUUUGCAAGUGACUUGUCUUUAUAUCCUUUAGAAACAAUGGUAGACUUUUUAAAUUUGUUAUAUUUCCACCAUUAUCAGCAAAUAAAGUGACUGAAAUUCGCUUCUGGAAAUGUAAUUUUUAGGAUUCGGAAUCUUCAAAAAUUCUGCAAUCGUCCCUCCUCUUGGCUUUAUAUUAUUACUCCAACUCUUUUGUGGUCGACGUUGUUUUUUACGCUGUGAUAACCAUUCGCGUGAUAUUUUCUUUUUUUCCUCGCUCUAAUAGUGUUUUUUCCGAGACUUUCUAAGAAUUUUCAUUUCUGUCCAAGAGUUAUUUCGUUUUUGACGUUUCUUGUCUGGUUUUUGAUGUUUAGGUCAUUAAAAAUCUGAUUGUACUUUUGUUUCUCUGUGUGAUUUCUCUGUCAUCCAUUCCGUAACUUUUGCCCAACCGUUUUUUAUGAUUUCAUCCAUCAUUAUGUUGAAUAAAAUGGAACUAAAACGCUACGAUCGCGUUCUGGGCAUGUGGAAUGGAUAUCGUGUUUACCUAGGGGGCUUCAUCGAAGAUUCCUUCAGAUGAUAUAGGACUCUUGAAGAUCUAGUGGAGCCUCCGCCUUACGUAUAUACAAUUCUUAACUAAAAGAGUAUCUAUGGAGAAAGAUGGAAGCAUUUGGCUUGAGGUAUAACAUAGAAAUUUGUAUCAAUACGACUGGGAUUAUCCAAGACGUCGUUACCAUUCCAAAGGCGUUGCGGAUCCAAAUCGUCGUUGUUGUUUGGAGGAGGAAGAAGCUUUAGAAGCAUUACUGUUUACCUAAAAAAUUAAACUGUGGUGGUAGGUUCAUGAGCCACUAAAUAGUUUGAAGUUGAACUUUUGCAAUGUUGUCAUUUCUCUAGUUUCGAUUUAAAUGCUACAAUUUUCCUUAUUUCUGAAUUUUUAUGAUAAAAUUAUCACAUUUUCAUGACAAAAGAAAAUAUAAUUUAGAAUAUAAAUGAGACCGACAGGGAAAUAUAUCAUUAUACAAUUUUCUUUAGAGCGUUAUAAAAUUUCGUUGUUGAAUAAUGUCUAGUUAUUAUAACAGUUUCGUAGUUUGUUUUUUCUAGCAAAAAACUUCAUUAAUUAAAAAUAUCUUGAGGAAAAUGCUGAAUAUUCAUAUACAUGUUGGUAGAAGUGAAUAUUUUACACAUCUAAUAUAAAUUUUAGUUUUUAAUAUCGAAGAGUUUGUUAUAAAUAUGUUAUGAACCAAAACAAAUUAUUGUUUGUUUCCGAAAAUAAAUUUUUACGAAUUA